GAAAGCUGCAUUUUUCAUCCACCUUUGGCAAUUUGCUUCUAGUAGUUAACCAAGCGACGUUUGUGGAAAUGUAACUGCUGCCCGAUGGAUGAUUUACACAGCAAACUGAUGGCUUUGAAGAAAUUCUGGUUCACCAUGCAGCGUCUGCAGGAGGUGGAAGGAGUGCACCAUUAACACCAUGUAGAACUGAGUGUGGACGCUGCUGAACUCAACCCGAGUCGGUUGGCCAAAAUCAUUCAAAGACCUCCACAAUUCUACUGAGAUGCCUUUCCAUGAGGAAAAUGAAAGCAUCUCUAAAUCUGAGACAAUGGCCUCUAUCGGAAUACCGGGGUCUUGCUCAGAAUGGAGAGUGAGAGUGAACUGCUGCGCCUCCACAAUAAAAGGAUCCAGAUGAGGUGGUUCGGGAUUCUGAGUAGGUUGCCUAGUGGACGCUUUCUUGGGGAGAUCUUUGGAGUAUAUCCCACAAAAGGAGGACUGGGGUCUACCCAAGACGAGCUGGGUAGAUUAUGUCUACUAUCUGCUUUUGCAGAUGAUGUGGUGCUGUUGGCUUCAUCAAGCCGUAAUCUCCAACUCUCAUUGGAGCGGUUCGCAGCCGAAGCGGUUGGGAUGAACAUCAGCACCUCCAAAUCCCAGACCAUGGUUCUCAGUCGGAAAAGGGUGGUGUGCUCUCUUCGGGUCGGGGAUGAGAUCCUGCCCGAAGUGGAGGAGUUCAAGUUCACGAAUGAGGGUAGGGGGCAGCAGGAGAUGGACUGGCAGAUUGGUGCAGGGUCUGCAGUGAUGCAGACUCUGUUCUGGUCCGUUGUGGUGAAGAAGGAGCUGAGCCAAAAGGCGAGGGUCUGGAUUUACCAGUCGAUCUACAUUCCUACCCUGGCCUAUGGUCAUGAGCUAUGGGUCGUGACCGAAAGAACAAGAUCGUGGAUACAAACGGCUGAAAUUAUUUUCCUCCGCAGGGUGUCUGGGCUCUUCCUUAGGGAUAGGGUGAAAAGCUCAGUGACGUGGGAGGGACUCAUGGUCGAGCUUGCUACUCCUCCGCAUUGAGAAUAGCCAGCUGAGGUGGCUCUGGCAUCUGGUUCAGAUGCCUCCUGGACGCCUCCCUGGAGAAGUGUUCCGACCAUUCCCCACCAGCGGGAGGCCCCGGGGAUGACCCAGGACACGCUGGGGAGACUAUGUCUCUCAGCUGGCUUGGGAAUGCCUUGGGAUCUCGCUGGAGGAGCUGGUUCAGGUGGCUAGGAGAGGGAAGUCUGGGCUUUCCUUCUAAAGAUGCUGCCCCUUAACCUUACCUCGGAUUAUAUGGUAGAUAAUUGAUGGGUGGCUGGAUGGGCGCAAUGAAGCGAAUCAACAGGUUUGUGUGAAUUUAAUUGUCAAUUCUUGAAAAAGAAAGCGUGUGGGCUAAAGUGUGAUACAACAUGCUUAUGUCUGUUUUGCAUGAUCAUGGUUCAUCUCCAUUUUUAGCAAGUUCCUGAGACUGUUGGUCGGUUUCUGAAUCAUACAAAUGUCAGGGCACUUAAAUUUCAAAAGAUUCACUAAACUCACCUGUCUUAAACAAAGUUAUUAUUAUUAUUUUUUAUUAUGAUGACUGGGGUAUUGCUGGAGCAUUAUGAAGAAAUGAGGACUACUUAUUAUCGUAAUUUCUACUACCAAAAUAUGCCUGUGAUUAUUUUCAUUCAUCCAACUCUUCUCAAUUUCAAGGAAUUGGAAUCGAUCUACUAGCAAUAAAGAGACAUCUUGUAGGUUAAUAAUCCCUCCAGAGUUCACCCUUCUGUGCCAAAAUGGCAAAUAAAUGCUGUGCAUGUGAGCACAUCAAUGUUGCUGAAAUACUUCAUUCAGCUGACUGUUGAGUCACGUCACGAUGCUCCUAACAGUAUGAUUAUUUCAGUGGUGUCCCUACAAUAAAUACAGGGUCAGAAUGCUCUAGUUUCCACACCAUUGACCGUGCUAGACGUCCAAUCCCAUCAAAAUAAAAUCAAAUCAAAUAAAACAAAACCAAAAUUUGCAUCAAUGAUUUCAGAGAUUUUGUCAUUACAACCCCAGGCAGAAAUUAUGAAAAGCAAAUCAUAGACAUGACAGAAAAACUUAUGCCAUUUCAAAUGGCAACUUUUUGGCUUUAAGAAGCACAAAAAGAAAUUAAGAGAAAUAAUUUUGGUAAUAAGCAACACGACCAAGAAGAGGAAAGAAAUUAAGGAAUCACUCAAUUCUGAGAAGAAAAAAAUCACAACUAAUACUUUGUUUGCAUGUCUGAGGCAUGGACUUAAUGACUGACAAGCAGUGCUCUUUAUCAAACUGGUGUUAUGAACGGCAAGCUGUUGCUGUGGAUCCCAAUCACAGACCAGGAGAUCAGGGAUAGUGAAUGUUUGUAUUUAAUAAGUACAACAAAGGGAGCACGCCAAAAAACAGGAGUAUAACAAAGUACAACUAAGAGAGCAUGCUAGAAGGCGCGAAUAUAACAAAGUACAAAAAUCUAACUACAAAGUCCAAAAGAGCACAAAAGUGAAAAUGAUCAAACCAGAACACAACUGUAGAACGUCGGGAAGCACGAAGGAUGAUGAGGAACACACAGUGGUAAGCAAGGCAAGUAGCAGUCAAUAGUCCGACACUUGCAGAUGGUGACAGGCUUUUUUAAAUAUUGAGCUUUCCUAAUCAAGCAAAGGGGUGUCGUAUUAUCCCGUCAAUCUGGCUCAAUCAGGUGCUGAAUUAAGAAAAAACAACAGAGAACACACACAAACAUGACAACUGGCUCCUACUUUUUCAGAUUAUUGUUGUUGGAUUAUGAUUAUAUUUGCAAACUGAAUCUUGUCAUGGAACAUUUUCUUCAAAUUCCACCACAGAUUUUCCAUUGGAUUGUGAUCCAGAUAAUUGCAGGCUUUUACAGUGACCCUGCUACGCGUACGUUUUCACAGUUUUUGUCGUUGCUCAAUGGCAACAGUCAUAAUCAUUUUGAAAAAUGAUGUCAUCAAUCUCAAACAUCCUUUCAAUAUAUGUACAGUAAGUGUCUAAAAUGUCAACAUAAACACCACAUUAAUUAAAGAUUUUUAAAAAAUAAUUUUUUAAACAGCGAUCUCGACAGGUGCCUUUCUCAGACUUUUAGACCUUUUCUUCAGAAUUAAGUGAUUCCAUAUUUUUCCCAUUCUGAUUGGUCUGAAAAAGUGACCAUAUGCGGUUAACACAAUUUCUUUCCUAUAUUUCUUUUAGUGUUUCCUAAAGCCAGAAAGCUGUUGUUUUAAAGGAAUUAAAUUUAGCUUUGUGUAAUGUCAAUGAUCUGCUUUUUUUCUUACACAAACUUCUGAGUGAACCUCCGUCGAGACUGGUACAUCCAUAAAUAGGGUCUGGGAUUGUCAGUUGAUGGGCCUCAUAAAUGGAGCUGUAACCAUGUCAUUGCAGGUGGAAAACACGAAAUGUUUUUUUUUUUAUUUUUUUUUUUUUUAACUUUUUCUACAAAAUCAAGAACCUUGUUCUGAUGUUGUUGGUCUCUUUGGAUUCUUAACCUGACUCUAGAAUGUCACUGAAUAAUUAGGACAUGCUGUAUUAAGUAUGUAUUAUGUAAGUAGUCCAUUACGUUCUUGUCAUACCUUAGUUAUCUUUUUAUGCUCAAAUGAGUCCAAGUUGACACAUCCCUUGACAGAUGGCAGGCCGCAUUGGGUUGGCAAGGAGCUUUCCUCUAUUUUUGAAAGCUAGGGAGGGAAGGGUAGGGUCCUUUGCUUGCAUGGCCUGCAUAUUCACCCCAUAUUAUAUACAAGUAUGUGUUUGGGAUGAAUGCGAUCACCGAGCCAAAAUCUACUUGUCGUAGCCAUAAAGGUGUUUCAUUAUAAUUAAUUGCAGAUGUCACUGUGGUCUUUUUUGUGACCAGCUCCUCUGUGUCCGGCUUCCCAUGACAUAUAACAAAUGUUUUUGUUUCAUAUGGUGAAAUGGUUUCUUGUAGCCGGAAAUGACUGAGAAAGUGUCAAAAGAAUGUGAGAGAUGUUAACAUCAAAUAUGAUCAGAAUAUUAAAAGAAAAGGGUCAAAGUUGUAUACGGAUUCAUUGUUCUCAAUUCUACACUAUUUUAUUUAAGAGUCAAAGCACUAAAUAUAAUGUUUUACAGUAUGAAAUAACAUGCUCAGCAUGUUGACAGACAUAAUUGUGAAAAGUAGCAAAAAAAAAAAAAAAAGAAAAGAAAACCUUGUAUUGCAUAGACAAGUUUCCUGAGCGAAAUACUGCAUGGGCGGCGCCAUCUUGGAAAAUUUCUGCUUUGAAAUUCUGGUUCAGAAAAAAACUUAUGAGUUGCGGUUGAAGUCAGUAGUGUGUUGGCGAAGUUAAAACACCAAAAUCAAGCCAGAGAAACCCACCGAAUCUCCAACAAUGGAUUCAGCACGAUGUAGAUGAGACGUAGAUGACAUUGUAUGAUUGUUAUUAUCACUUCGUUCAUAAUUCGAGGACAAAAUAAUAGCAACCUGUCAGCCUGUGUUGAGGUGAGGUAUAGAUUGAUCCGACCACUUGAGUGAGCAAAAUGAGAUGAAAUUACACAUUAUAUUAUAUAUUUGCCGAAUGCAGAAGGGCUGACACGGAUUUUGUUGUUACAAAGAAAUACUACAAAGUAUGUACAUAUAAACAAAACUACCGGUAGUAUGUCAUUCUUUUUUAUGACAUUAUUUAUCAUCCCUUACCUAACAAAUGAACAAAAAACUUGUAACACUUGCUUUUAUGCGUUUACAUAACUGUGCUUUCUACACGUACUGAUUAGCAACAGGGUAGCAGCAGAUACAGUAGUUGUAGUAAAUAAUAUUAAAGAUCAUCAUAAUUACAAUCAUCAUGGUAAUAACAAUAUCAAAGAUUUUAGCCUUAUAUUUUUUGAGCACCGCACACAUUAAAAUGCAGGGAUACCUUCCAAAAUACAGGGGCAACAUGGCUACAAAACACAUGGCUUUUGUAGUUGCACGAGCUUGGUUCCACAUUUGCCUUCAUGAACGAGGUGUCCUCUCCUGUCAUGAUGAUGGCAGAUAGACGCGGUAUUUCCACAUUGUCUUUUUUAAGGGAUUUUGAUGAGUGAUGUUACUCUGGCUCCACUGUUGUUUUGAAUGGAGAAAUUCUAAAACGGAAGUUGCUUGCAGAUAUAAGGAAAUAAAGCAGAAGUACCUCGGAAAUUUGUCUAUAUGAACAGUAAUACAGGGAAGCUUCUUUGCAAAACCACAGAACAACACUUAAUAGAUACAUAAUAGACAAUAAAGAAUAGUGGAAUUGUGGGUAGGACAACAGAACAACACCUCAGUCAUUUUUAGCACCCCCUUCCACACCCAUACCACCCCACCCCCUCAAACACCCAUACCUUUUUUUUUUUUUCUUCUUUAUUUUUAUGUUUCUUUGUUAGUACAGUAGUAGGUUGCAAGCAGGGGCUAUAUCCCCCUUUGGCAUUUAUCGGAUAGCACUGUAUCUCCUUUGUGAUAAUCAGAAUCUCCAAAAGUGAUACUGUAGCUUCAUCUUAUCUUCCAGUCAUGUGCGGGUAUGCGUGUAAUUGUAUGUGUGUAAUUCUAAUUUGCAAACUAUUGAAGGGGGAGCAAUUUAAGUUGAGGUUGACAAAUGUGAUUGAAGUUUUAACUGGAUUUGGGUGUAGAUGAGCGGUUGAUUUCUUAUUUACAUUUUAGUUAUUUUUGAAAAAGUUUGACUUCUGGAGAACUUAAAAAAAAUGCGGAUAAGGAUCGGCACGUUUAUUGAACCUCAACUAUCAACUAUUAGUCAGACUAAUACACUCUACAACACAACAAAGAUAUCAGUUUGUUCCAACGAGGUUUUGAAUAUGGUAAAAGUACACAGAAUACAUAAAAAAGGAUGAUAUUUUGUAUCAAAUGCCCAAUAUAAAAUAUGUAUGGACUUUCACUCAAGGUACACUUUCACAGCAAUAGCAGCCAAUGCUGCUUACGUUUCUGCUGAUGACAAAUAGAAAAGCUUAAAUUUACAAACAACCAAAAGCAAUUUCCGAACUAUUUCCUUUGAGUCUAGUCAUGGUAGCGGAAUUUAAUAUAAAGAAGAAACCCCUGACUGGGGGACGUUUUAAGGAGACACGGUCACUGAUGAUUGGCCACCAAGGGAGGUGACAAUAUAGAGACGCUGAUAAAUGUGAAGUUUCACGGGAGUAUAGCAGUAGACACACUCUGUUGCUCCCACCCACACAAAUUUACAGAAGUUUAAGUUCCUUUUUCAUUUUACUAACAGAGAGCCUAUCCUUAUUUUCUCUUUGUAUUAGAUCCCGCUGAAGGCCUCUCGGACUGGUUCAGCUCACGAAAGUGAACUAACUAUACAAUAAGAGAGACAGAGGGACAUGAUUUGGCUAUCGUUAAAUGAGAGGAAAUUUUGAAACAUUGUGCAAUGGUGCUGCAAAAGUUUUGAAAGGUUGUGAGAGCUUUUGGUCUGCAAGGUGUCUUUGAGCCCACUUGUUGGAGAAGAAGCCCCCAUGUUGCAUCCCUACAGAAUGGAGAGUUACCUCAUAACACCUUCUUCAGAAGAAUUGUAUGAUCCAGAGAUCUACAGACACCAAAUUCCAGAAUAUUAUAGCCCAUAUGUUCUGGAUACAGAAAUACAGACAGAUCACUGGGACUAUCACCCACACACUCAUGUCCACCCUGUUGAGUUUGAAAACCUUCAAGAGACAAAUUUUACAGAGCUGCAGAGCGUUCAGUCUCUGCACCCACCUGGUCUCGUCCGACACGAGGUCAUGCGCUACGAUGCAGAAAAUCUACUGGAUCCAAAUCUCGGCGCACAUUCUCAUAUGUUACAGCAACCAGUAACAUUCUUCCCACGGUCUAUGUACCCUACGCAUGUGUCCCAGCAUAGCACUGAUGAUGAAGAGCACGGACGUCAAAGUCCGCCCCUGGAGGUGUCUGAUGAGGAGUGUCUUCGAGAUCAAGUCCCUUACGUCAUACCUGGAGAGAUGGGUAACAAAAAGAAGAUUCGAUUGUAUCAAUUUCUGUUGGACCUUUUACGGAAUGGCGACAUGAAGGACAGUAUCUGGUGGGUAGAUCGAGACAAAGGAAUGUUCCAGUUUUCAUCCAAACACAAGGAGGCUCUCGCACACCGCUGGGGAAUCCAAAAAGGCAACCGCAAAAAAAUGACUUACCAAAAGAUGGCGCGGGCUUUGCGCAACUAUGGCAAAACUGGAGAGGUCAAAAAGAUCAAGAAAAAACUGACAUACCAGUUCAGUGAUGAGGUCCUUGGGAAGACACAUUUGGAGAGAAAGCCAUACAUGUAGGCAGAAACGUAUAAAUGCAAAACAAAUGUUAACAUUUAGUGUAUGGUUUCUGGUGUUACUUCUCAUUCAACGUUAACAUUCCUUGGAAAUAGCAUUAAAGGCAUCAUGACAACUGUCCAGAGGAAACAUACUGUUAUUAUAAAGCACAUUUAUUUCUCACACCAUAGAAAUAUUUUGUAAAGAUUUUUCUUUCUGCCAACCAAGUCUACUGCUUUUGCGAUUCAGGGAUAUUGAAAGCCAGACUUAGUAAGGUGUUUGUGUGAAUAGCAUUUCAUCCUUUUGGAAAUAGGGCCACGCAAUCAUGAAAAUGUAACCUGUUAUUUAAAGAUGAUGGAUUAUGGGCCUGAUUCAUUGAUACUUUUGUUCAAAUGGGAUUUUGUACUAUAUAACUGUAGAAUAACUGAAAAUGGAAUAAACGUUUAUUUCAAUCAUGACACAGUUUCAUCUGGACGCCAUGUUAUUUAUUUUUAAUGGAUACGUGGGACUUGAAGACAUUAUUAAGAAUGGUGCAUGAAUAAAGCCCUAAAAGCCAACUACUCAGUGUGUUAGUUGAGUGUCCCAGAAGUAUUGGCCACUUUUUUUUGACACUCAAGACCUUUAACACUUUAUCGGGCGAG